AUGGCCCCCCACGACUCACCCCGUGCGAAACGGCUCAAGCCGUCCAGCCGCGUUCGGGCGCUCUCGACCGAACGCAGUCGCCAGUGCCGCGAGCGGCAGAAGCUCUACUCCGAGCAGCUCGAGGCCAUCGUCCACGCGCUGCGCGUCGACGUGCGCGACCUCGAGAUCCUGCGCAACUUGCGGCGAGAACAGGCGGUCUACGCGCGCGGGUCGGUCUCGGGCUCGCUCGCCCAGAUCGUCUGCGAGUACAUGACCGUGUUCCGGCACGGCAUGCCGCCGGCCGUCGCUCUCGACCUGGCGAGCGCUGCAGGCGACAAGCGCGAGCUGGCGGUGGCCAACCAGCCGACGCCGGACGCCCAGUGCGAGUUCCUUCGCUGCAUCAUGGACCCCUACGUCGAAGUCUUUGACUGGUGCGGCCGCUUCGUGCUGGGCGUCAGUGCACUGCUCAAUGGGUGGCGAGCGUGGGCCGCGUGGCACGAGUCGCUGACGCUCGAGCUCGUCGACAUUGACGUGGUCGACACCGACGAGACGCUCGCAGUGACCACGCGGGCGAACCUGCGCGUGCGCGUGUCGCCCACGACCAUUGUCCACCUCUUCCCGCACAUUGCCGACAACCGGGAGCUGUGCCGCAGACUCGUUGGCCAGGAGAUCUGCUACCCGAUUCGCGACACGUUCUUCUUUGCGCCCAACAAACGGGUCAUCAAGUACACGUGCGACUUGGACUUUGUCAAGGCGCUGCUGCCCGUUGCCGACGACUACGACACGAUGCUGUUCCUCGUCUCGCCCCCCGGGCAAGCGUCCUUGAGCGAUCUGGCGAUCCACACGUCGCCUGGAGACCUCGCAGAGCGCUCGCCGCUGGACGUCAAGUCUUUGCUGUCGGACGAGUGA